UGAAGCAAAUGUGCAAAAGUAUGUAGACACAACCUGCAGUUCAGUCUGUAAGUGUGAUUUUCAGAAGGGAUUUAUGAAAGCCCGUGAAGAUGAAAACCAGAUUCAAUACAGUGGAUAUUAGGGCAGUCAUUGCCGAAAUCAAUGCAAACUACAUUGGAAUGAGAGUGUACAAUGUCUAUGACAUCGACAACAAGACAUAUCUCAUUCGACUCCAGAAACCUGACACCAAAGCUGUGAUACUUAUUGAAUCGGGCAUCCGUAUCCAUUCAACAGAAUUUGAAUGGCCUAAAAAUACAAUGCCAUCCGGCUUUGCCAUGAAAUGCCGCAAACACUUGAAAUCCCGAAGGUUAGUGUCAGUCAAGCAGUUGGGUGUUGACAGAAUCGUGGACAUCCAGUUUGGAUCAGACGAGGCUGCAUACCAUCUCAUUGUGGAGCUCUAUGACAGGGGUAACAUCGUCCUGGCCGACUACGAGUACAACAUACUGAACCUGCUGCGUUUCCGCACGGAUGAGGCAGAGGAUGUGAAGAUCGCUGUGAGGGAGAGGUACCCAGUGGAGGCUGCUAGGCCCCCUGAGCCUCUCAUUAGCCUGGAGAGGCUGACAGAACUCCUCUCCCAAGCUCCAAGUGGUGACCAGGUGAAAAGAGUGCUGAAUCCUCACCUUCCUUAUGGAGCGACCUUGAUUGAGCAUUGUCUAAUGGAGGUGGGACUGCAGGGCCUGAUGAAGCUGGACAACCAGUUUGAUGCUUCACGAGAUGCCCCAAAGAUCCUGGAGGCUCUAAAGAUGGCAGAGGAGUACAUGGAGCGAACGUCCACCUUCAGUGGAAAGGGCUACAUUAUUCAGAAAUGCGAGAAGAAACCAAGUUUAGGUCCAGAUAAGCCAGCCGAAGAACUGCUGACGUAUGAUGAAUUCCACCCUUUCCUGUUUGCCCAAAAUGCCAAAAAUCCCCAUGUUGAAUUUGAAACUUUUGAUAAGGCGGUUGAUGAGUUCUUCUCAAAGAUGGAGAGUCAGAAGAUAGAUCUGAAAGCCCUGCAGCAAGAGAAACAGGCCAUGAAGAAACUGGAGAACGUGAAAAAGGACCACGAAUCACGUCUGGAAGCUCUACAUCAGGCUCAGGAGGUGGACCGCCUGAAGGGGGAGCUGGUGGAGAUGAACCUGCCCAUGGUGGAGCGUGCCCUGCAGGUAGUGCGCAGCGCCCUGGCCAACCAGGUGGACUGGGCUGAGAUCGGCCUCAUCGUUAAGGAGGCGCAGACGGCCGGAGACCCCGUGGCCUGCGCCAUCAAGGAACUCAAGCUGCAGACCAAUCACAUCACCAUGCUGCUCAAGAACCCCUACAUUGGUUCUGAUGAUGAGGAGCAAGAGGAGGAGGUGGAGGAGGUGGUGGAGAUGCAGGAACCGCAGAAGAAGAAUAAGAAGAACAAGAAGAAGGAGAAGGAGCAGAGAGGCAAGCUGCAGAAGAACAAACCCAUGCUGGUGGACGUGGACCUCAGCCUGUCCGCCUACGCCAACGCUAAGAAGUAUUACGACCACAAGCGCAGUGCAGCAAAGAAGGAGCAGAAAACAGUUGAGGCUGCACAGAAGGCUUUUAAGUCUGCUGAGAAAAAGACAAAGCAGACGCUGAAGGAGGUGCAAACCGUUACCAAUAUUCAGAAGGCCAGGAAGGUGUAUUGGUUUGAGAAGUUCCUGUGGUUCAUCAGCUCUGAGAAUUACCUCAUCAUAGCUGGCCGAGACCAACAGCAAAACGAGAUGAUCGUGAAACGCUACCUGAGAGCAGGGGACGUCUAUGUCCAUGCCGACCUUCAUGGAGCCACCAGCUGUGUCAUCAAGAAUCCCUCAGGUGAGACCAUUCCCCCUCGUACGCUGACGGAGGCGGGUACCAUGGCCGUGUGCUACAGUGCCGCCUGGGAUGCCAAGGUGGUCACUAGCGCCUGGUGGGUCCAUCAUCAUCAGGUCUCCAAGACGGCGCCCACUGGAGAGUACCUGACCACAGGAAGCUUCAUGAUCCGAGGAAAGAAAAACUUUCUGCCCCCUUCUUACCUGAUAAUGGGCUUUGGGUUCCUUUUCAAGGUGGAUGAUGACAGUGUGUUUAGGCAUAAGGGGGAGAGGAAGGUGAAGACUGUUGAGGAGGAGAUGGAGGAUGUGGCGGCGAGCGCUGCUGAACUGCUGGAGGAGGGAGAGGAGCUUGUUGGUGAGGACAGCGGAAACGAGGGCGAGGGAGACGAGGAGAACCGAGAGGAAGGAUCCACACCGCCAGACAAGAACCACACCACCGAGCACCCAAAGACAACAGCAGCAGAAGGGGACGAGGAGGAAGAGGAUGAUGAUGACGACGAUGAGGAAGAAGAAGAAGAUGAGAGGAAAGAUCUAGAACCCGUGCCUGAGGAGCCGGAGGAGAUGGUUCCUGAUAAGAAGAAGCAAAACCAAUCAAAAGAGGAGAAGAUGCAGCAGGAAGUGAAGAGUGAAGAUGAUGCGGCAGAUAUGGCUUUCCCCGACACGUCCAUUUCCCUCUCCCACUUGCAUUCCAACAGAGUUGCUCACGCUGCUGGAUUUAAACAGGAGGCCUCUCACCAGGCAGAGGCUGAUGGUCAAGGCAGAAAACACUUGACAGCAAAGCAGAAAAGGGAGAUGAAGAAGAAGAAGCAGAAGCAGGAUGAUGGUGACGAGCAGGAGGAGUCAGAGGCCCCCAGUAGAGAGGCAGAGGGGGGAGGCCAGAGCGGAGGAGGUGGAGUCUCACAGCAGCCUCUCAAGAGGGGACAGAAGAACAAGAUGAAGAAGAUCAAGGAUAAGUACAAAGACCAGGACGAAGAGGACCGAGAGCUGAUGAUGAAACUACUGGGGUCUGCAGGGUCCAAUAAGGAAGAGAAGGAGAAGGGAAAGAAGGGGAAGAAAGGGAAAGGCAAAGAUGAGCCCACGAAGAAGGGCCCUCAGAAGCCCCCCCCGAAGCCCCGCCCACAGGAAGUGAAGAGACCAGAGCGGCCAGCCAAUGAGGAUGCCCAGGCUGAGGGCGAUGGGGCGGGGCCAGAGCAAGAAGACAAGGAGGGAGAUGAUCCGGACCAAGAUAACCCAGGAGCUGAGGAAGCGGAGACCCUGCUAACCUCACUGACUGGUCAGCCCCACUCUGAAGACGUGCUCCUCUUCGCUGUGCCUGUGUGUGCACCUUACACCUCGCUCACUAACUACAAACAUAAAGUGAAGCUGACUCCUGGAGCCCAGAAGAAGGGUAAAGCGGCACGGACGGCAGUCCUCAGCUUCAUGCGUGCCAAGGAAGCCACGACUCGAGAGAAGGAUCUCUUCCGCAGUGUGAAGGACACAGAUCUUUCCAGAAACAUGCCUGGGAAGGUGAAGGUCUCUGCCCCCAACAUUCUGGCAGCCAAGAAGAAAUGAAGACAGCUGGAAAGGAGGAUUUCAGUCACAUCAUGUACAUACAGUGCCAAGCUUUGGAAAGCCCACAUGUACUAGCAAUCACCCUUGCUAUCUGAGUGGAUUGGUCCUGCAGCUUACAGAGAGAGUGGACAUUUUCAGGAUAAUGGAUGGGGGUGUCGGGGACUUCUUGUAUUUAGGACUUAAGCUGCACCAGCUAAACUAGGUGAUACAGCUGUGAUUAUCAACACAGAGUGAGGAAACGAAUAGAUGUAUUUUUCUGUGAUCAUCAUCUUAUUUCCUUGUGUGUGAAGAUUGAAAUUUUUAUUGCUGCCGGCUCAGGCAAAAGAAAACAUACCACAUUAAAUCUUUACAUUUA